AAUGAGCACAAAGUGGGCCACGACUUGAACCUUUUUCGCCAACCCAGUCUUGCUGUCGACUUUUCAACUAACUGUUGCAGUUUUGUACUAGCAAGACAGCAACUGUUUUAUGCCAAUUCAUGCACGUCAGUUAAGCCAGUGAUUGUUUAUUUACAUCGUUGUAAUUACGAUUAAAUCGCGAUGGCAUUGGAUAUAGUUAAAAAUUCGCCUAGGAAAAAGUACGCCGCUAAAGUUAUUUGCUCGAAGAAACGCCUGACUAUGUUCGGUGACAGAUCGCCCGACGUUGCCAACCGGCAAAGUGACAGCUCGGCGAGCCCCACGACGACGUCGUCCAACAAAGCCAACAACGACAACAACAAACAAAUAAAUUAUGAAAAUUACGAGGAUCCCUUCUACAAGGAACAGCCCAACUCUAUCCUGUCCUCGCUAGGCAGCGUCCUGGUCGUCAUUAGCACAGCUUUAAUUAUUUUCGCGGCUGCCAGAAACACGAUUACAUGGCACUGUCAGAAAUUCUGGGGUGCGUCGGGUGACUUUUGGCAGGCACAGUGGGACAAGUUCCUAGACGUAGCUGGGGAAGAUCCGAAAUUUUUAUGGGUUUACGGUACCACGGCCAUAACUUUUGGCGUUUACUGGAUCGUGGGCGGUAUUUACACGUUUAUGGACGUAACCAACAAGCCGCAGGCAAUUAGGAGGUAUAAGAUACAGCCGGGUACAAAUGAACCGGUUGAUAUGAGAAAGCUUUUGAAGGUAAUAUGGUGCGUUAUUCUGAACCAAAUAGCUAUCGGCAUACCUUCAUCAUACAUAAUGUAUUACUGUAUGAAAUGGAGGGGCUAUCCUGGCAUUAGGGAAUUGCCAACCUUCCACUGGGUGUUGUACGAGUUGGCAAUACAUAUCCUAACCGAGGAAGCCGGUUUUUAUUAUUCGCAUAGGUUUUUACAUAAUAAACGUAUUUACAAAUACAUCCACAAACAGCAUCACGAAUGGACGGCACCGAUAGCGGUGACGGCAAUCUAUUGCCAUCCGAUAGAGCACAUCUUUUCAAAUUUAGUGCCACCUUUUCUGGGUGUGUUCCUUAUGGGAUCCCAUGUGGCCACCGCGUGGUUAUGGUUUACUCUGGCCAUUCUUAGUACGCUGAACGCCCAUUCUGGAUACCAUUUGCCGUUUUUUCCCAGUCCGGAGGCCCACGAUUUCCAUCAUUUGAAAUUUAAUAACUGUUUCGGUGUCCUGGGUGUAUUGGACAGGAUCCACGGGACAGACUCCGCUUUCAGACAGACCAGAGCGUACCUUAGGCAUAUCAUGAUGCUCAGUUUCAUUCCGCCAAGGGAAGCCAUACCGGACACGCAACAAACCAAGAUGGACUAUUGGAAGAUGCAGUACGAAGUAAAAAAUCAGUAAAUGAUUCCAUUGGAACAUUAUACUCAAAUACCGUUACUACAUAGAAUCUACUCUAUAUUUAUUCAUUAUGAAAAUUUAGCGUAUCUAGUACGAAUAAAAGGUAAUUUCCACACUUCAGAUUAUUAGGUAAAGAACAAUUUUACGUUUUCAACUAAUGGAAAUAAUAUAUUUUAGUAUUAAACAUGGACCAGGUGUUUUUAAUUCAGUAGUCAAUUAUUUUUAAAAAAAAAUAAAAUAAUCGCUUUUGCGUAUAUUAGUUUGCCUGUAAAUAUGAGCAUUCCAGGUUUUUCAUAGUUAUACAGGGUGUCCCAAUAUUCCGUAGACCGUGGACAUAGAACUACUACGUAUUUAUAGAAUCAAAAUAAGUUCAAUGGACACAAUUUACCUCUAUACAAGUGCUUCGUUUGUCUGGCUGGUUGGAGGCGCAUCAAACUUGAUUUGAAUAAGAUUUAAGCGCUUUAACAUUUAAUUUUCACAAAAAUGAAGGAAUAGGAGAAUAGGUACGGGAAGGGUAAAAAGUACCUCCCCCACCACUAUAUAAAUUUUAGCAGAAAUAUUUUCCAACUGUUGAACCUUGUAAAAAAAUCGUUAUAUAGUUUAGCCAUAUCGUAUAGUUUUGAGAAAAAAAAGUUUGUUAUUUUUUUUUCAAAGCAGACCUACAAAAUAUACAGAGAAAUAAAUAUUCCGUGGACAUAGAACAAUACAUAUUUUUUUAAUCAAAAUAAGUCACAUAAGUGCUUUGUUUGUCCGUUAGAGGGCAUCAAUCAAAAAUAAACCGGAACUUCAAUUAAUUUUAAAUUUAUGAAGCUUAUUGUCAAAUAUCAUUUAUAAUACUAACAUAACAUUCAAUAUUGUUUUAUAUAUUAUCAGCGCAUACUAGAUUUUAUGCGCAUACAUAGCUUGAUGUGUCAAAAAAA